CGAAGUGGCUUAUCAUGUGAAAAUUUAUAGCAGCAAAAUAAUCAAAAUAAAAAAAAAUUGCGAGUGUAGCAGUGAGGUGGCAACUGGGGACUUCAUCCCAGAUAUGACAGCAGUAGCAGCAAUGGAAUAUAGUAAUUGGGGCAUGUCUUUUCUGUCGCUUGCGCUGCUGCUGCUGAUGUGAAGGUAUUUUGAGAAAAACUCGAAGAUUCCACAAGAGGCGCCCUCAAUGGAGUGGACUCAGACGCCGUACGGAGCGCGACUCUCCUACAAACUCCCGCACGGCAACUCGCUGUGCGUGCACCUCAAAGACAAGGAGAUGAUCCGCCACCGCAAGUGCUUGUCCCAGGUGAUGUACUUGUACUACCUCCUUGGCUGGAAGAUCUACCACAAGAUCCACACAGUUAAGAAAGAUGAACAAGAGGAAUGGGUAGAGAGGAAGAAGCGCAACACCUACGUGCUGGCCUUGGACGGAGACACGGAUUUCUACCCCUCGGCGCUCUCCAUGCUGGUCGACCGACUCACGAGGGACUCCACCGUUGGCGCCGCCUGCGGGAGAAUUCACCCGACGGGCGUGGGGCCGCUCGUCUGCUACCAGAAGUUCGAGUACGCGGUAGGCCACUGGCUACAGAAGACGGCCGAGCACGUGAUGGGCUGCGUUCUCUGCAGCCCUGGCUGCUUCAGCCUCUUCCGAGCCAAGGCCAUCAUGGAUGACAACGUCCUCAAGACCUACACCACAGUGGCCACCGAGGCCCUGCAGUACAUCCAGUACGACCAAGGUGAGGACCGCUGGCUGUGCACGCUGAUGCUGCAGCAGGGCUGGCGCGUCGAGUACUGCACCGGAUCGGACGCCUACACCAACGCCCCGCAGGAAUUCAAGGAGUUCUUCAACCAGCGGAGGCGUUGGGGCCCCUCCACGAUGGCGAACACCUUCAGCAUCCUGGAAAAUGGCGUCCGCACGGCCAAGAAGAACCCGUCCAUCUCUCGGCUCUAUAUUCUUUAUCAGAUCAUCUACACGGCCACCUCCAUCAUGGGUCCGGCCACCGUCUGUCUCAUGAUUGCAGGUUGCUUCACCUUCGUUUUCAAAAUGGACCAAAACUGGGCACUUCUCAUCUCCAUCGUUCCGCCUGCUCUAUACAUCGCCGUCUGCUUCAAAACGUAGCCGGACACGCAGAUCAAGGUGGGCGCCCACGCUUCUUCUGCAGAAGCACGUGGCACUCAUUGCACACAACGUGCUUGCCACAAAUGAAACACAAUGUACGUAUAUAUGUUGAACUUCUUUGGCACCGUACGUAGCCAACCUUGCUCAUCGGAGUUGCAGGGGACGUACAAAAAACUAAACACAAAAAGCAGUCUUAAAGAAAUUAGUUUUCAAUCUACAUGAUUUAAAAGUGCAAACUA